CUUUUGUAUCCCUAACGACGGUUUGAAGAUACAAAUGUAUAAAUUUACUACAAGCGAUUUAGUUAAAUAUAUACUUACAUAUGAUGGAGGUCAACAUUGCUCAUACUGGACUUGCCCUGUUCCUAGUGCUUCUGAGGCUGCCCCUCACAUCGUCCUAUGAAAAUAUAUCAAAUACUCCUGUACCACCAAAAGAGCAGAUAUAUUCAUUUCGUCUUAAAUACAGAACGAACGUGGAUUGUGUAGAUGAAGCUGCUAAAAAUGCGUUUCUUGGACAAAUUAGAAUUAAAGUAAUAAGUCGACUUAUUGAACUAGCAAAAGAGUAUCCCAGUAUGUGCAACAAAGAAAACUUCAGUGAGUGUUUUCAGUCUGUAAAGGUUGAUUUAAAAGCAUGUGAGACAACAAACAGGAGAAAGAGAUCCAUGGAUUUCUUUGAUGUGGAUAUUAAUGUGGAAAUUCCUGCUACAAGUCCAACAGUAGAGGAUAGUAGUGAGUCUUCAAAAGUUGUGCGAACUGAAUCCAUUCUACAAGAGGAUAUAGAAACACAGAAAACAGAUUAUUCACCGCAGGGAGUCACACUACUUAAUUCUACUUAUGUGGGUAAAAAUGUCACAUGUGCAAAUGGGACGAUUCUCAGUGACGACAACAAGAAUUGUGAGGCGUGUAAAGAAGGUACCUAUCAUGACACUACAACGGACGUGUGUAAAAAAUGUCCAAAAAGCUUUUAUCAGAAUAGUACAGGACAGACCAGCUGCGAGGCAUGUCCCGGUUCUGGAAAUAUGUACACUCUGUCAGAGGGUUCAACGUCAAAAACCCAGUGUGUAGAGAAAGACACAUCACAAGCAGGAUUGAUUACGGGACUGAUAUUAGGUCCGGUAGCAAUAGUCAUUGGAUUAGGCGCCUCUGUCCAUUUUAUAAGGAGAAGAUGGUUCAGUACUGGAGCAGACAGACUCUUACGUUCAUAAACAGAAAUAAUCCGGGAAAUGGGAGGAAACAUAUGUGAUAUUGAACUUUUAUGCUAUAUUUAGUGAAAAGUGAAGUAAAAGAUUUAAUAACAAGAACUCCAGAACUACAUGUAACACCAAAAGAUGCCCGUUUACCAAUUGUAUGAUAAAAAUAUUUCCUGUGCUUUUGUAAUAUUUUAAUCUUGUAAAAGCUUAUUAGAAUCAAUGGAAAACAAAAAGGCGUAAUAAUGCGAAGAAGGGAAAUGGAAAGCGCUAUAAGGUCUUUCAAAAAAAGGUUAUAACGCUUUUUGAAAAGGCACAAUAGGGCAUGUUUGCGUUGAAGGGCCUUUUGACUUUGCCUUAUUGUAUACGUCUUUUGAAAGGCUUAAAUAUAAACGCCCUUUUUAGCGUUAUUCACGUUGCGUUAUAUCGCCCUUAACUUUUUUCACUUUGCCACAUUACUUUUUUUUUCUUUUUUCGCGAUAUUACGCCUUUUCAUUUUGCCUUAUUACAUCUUUUUUCCCCGCAUUAUUACGUCUUCACUUUGCCUUAUCACAUCUUUUUUUUCCCCCGCAUUAUUACGUCUUCACUUUGCCUUAUUACGUUUUUUUUUCCCGCAUUAUUACGUCUUCACUUUGCCUUAUUACGUCUUUUUCGCAAUAUUUUCACUUUGUGUUAUUACACCCUUUUAAUUUUUUCGUAAUAGAAGGUUUUCGUUAAAUGUUUUUUUAAAAAAGAUGUCUACUGAUAGGAAAACAAGAGAUUAUGGUGAAUUGCAUUUAUCUGUUUCAUAAUAUUUGCGAUUUAAUCAGAUGAAAACCCCAAUUAAGUUAGAUUUGGAAAUUUUUGAAAGACGGAAUGAGGGUAUUUAUACUAUUAUAAUAUCAGAAAUUUUGGUCAUGUAACUUUAUGAUCUUUACAAGACAAACAUAUUAAUAACUUCGUUACAUAAUCGUUGCAAAAUGUUUUCAGACUGUUAAACUUUUACCAUGCAUGGAUACAAAAUUAAAUUUUCUACACUUACAUUUAUUAAAUUAAUGAUAAAAUUCACUUUCAAA